AUGCCGUCCGCCAUCUCCCAUCGCAAUGACUCCACCAACAUCCUGAACCAGAUUGUUAUGUCCCCUUCGGACUCGGACUACUUAGACCAGCUUAUCCCGUCGAUUCGAGAAUACAGUUAUGGCAACCAGACGUCGCAGCUUCUACGAUCGCUGUCCCGCUUCGCCAGCGAUAAGGAACAGGAGAUCGAGAAUAUAUGCAAUACAAACCACCAAGAAUUUGUUACCUCCGUGAACCAGCUUCUUCGAAUCCGCGAGGGCACAGUCAGCUUGACAUCGGAGAUUUUGGAUCUGAACCAAUCCAUUCAAUCCAGCACAGAGAAAUUGGCGGAACAGAAGAAGGCGCUGGUGGAGUCAAGGAGUCAUCGACAAAAUAUUGACGAGAGUCUUCGCGCGCUCCAAGAUUGCCUGGAAGUCCUGAGGCUAUCAAAUCAAGUUCACGACCUGCUUGGAAAAAAGAAUCACUAUGCUGCUCUGCGAGCGCUUGAAGAGUUGCAAAAUGUUCAUCUCAAAGAGAUCACCCAGUACAAAAUAUCAGAGUUGAUCCAACGGUCAGUACCGGCAACCCAAAGAGCGAUUGCAGAGGCCGUGAUGUCAGACUUGAAUACUUGGCUGUAUCGAAUUCGAGAGAUGUCGCAGUACCUUGGGGAGAUUGCUUUGUAUCACACGAACUUGCGCAAGGAGCGUCUGAAAGAGAGAGCCCAGAACCUGGGUUAUUUGGAACAAUUCAAACUAAACUCAGCUAUUGAGUUAGUCUCAGAUGAGCAUGAAGAGUACGAUUUACUCCAGAAUGAAGACCUUCAAGUCGAUUUUACGCCCUUGUUUGAAUGCCUUCACAUUCACAGAUCAUUGGGGCAGAUGGACAGAUUCAGAGCAGAGUAUGCAACGACACGACGGCGACAAAAGGAACUUCUACUCCCAAGUUCUAUCACAUUAGUCGAUGCCGAUGGCGCUAGUUUGCAUACUCUGUUGGAAGAGAUGACUGGCUUUGCGAUUGUUGAAAGAUCCACAAUGAAGAAGAUUCCAGAUCUUCGAUCGUCUGUCGAUGUGGAAGAACUAUGGGAGUCAAUGUGCCACACUGCAGCUGGCCUGAUUACAGCAGCACUUCCCGAAGUAGAUAAUGCAGAGAGCUUGCUGAAGAUUAAAAAUCUCAUUGCACUAUUUAUGCAGGCCAUGGAUACGUGGAAUUUUUCGGUUACAGUGUUUGACAAACUGCUUCUCACUCUUUUUGGAAGAUAUGCCGAUUUGCUCAAGACCAGAUUCAGUGACGACUUUCAAGAGAUUGUUUCUACCGAUGACUACAUGCCCAUGCCGAUCCAAAACCUCGAAGAAUUCGACAAAGUUAUCAAUGUUAGUUGGUAUACGCCAGAAAAGCCUCGCGAAGAACAAACCUUCCCCUGCGUGUUGCCAUUUUCCCAAAUGUAUCCUCUUUGUUGUAUCGACAUUAGGAAUUUCCUCAACCAAUUUUAUUUCUUCUCCAAUGACGAUUUCUCACACGCGGACGUCAUUGACGAGACACUCAAAACUGCUUUGGAUGACCUUUUAUCAAACGAGGUUUGCGAAACACUUGUUGAACGCCUGAGCUCGCAGUAUCUAGGACAAAUUGUCCAAAUCUUGAUCAACCUUGAGCAUUUUGAGAUGGCUUGCCAAGAGCUCGAAGCUCUUCUUGUUGCUGCUCGAUCACAGGCUUCAACUGCAGGGCCUGUCUCAUUAAAAGCCACCGAGAAAUUCCGCAAUAACAAGAAAGCAGCCGAAAAACGAAUCUUUGAAGUCGUCAACUCCAAGAUUGACGAUCUCAUCGAAACUGCGGAGUACGAUUGGACUCCUACAGUCGAGCCAGAAGAACCCAGCAAUUACAUGCAAACACUGACACGAUUCCUGUCCAACAUCAUGAACUCGACUUUACUCGGUCUCCCCACUGAAAUCAAAGAACUUAUAUACUUUGACGCACUAAGUCACGCCGCGAACGAAAUCCUGGCACUGCCUCUUUCACCCGAAGUUCGCAAGAUCAACCCAUAUGGUGUCACCGCUCUGGCCAAAGAUGUCGAGUACCUUGCAACAUUCGUCGAUAGUCUUAACAAUCCUAUCCUCAGAGAGAAUCUAGACGAACUUCAACAGACUGUAAACCUACUACAGUCAGAUAACAGCGACGAAUUCUAUGAUAUUUCCACCCGCAACAAGAAAUAUGGCCGUGUGGACGCUAUGAAUGGGCCGAUAUUGCUCGAAAAGCUCACACGGACAGUCUCAAGUCCCGUCAAAAACGAGAAAUUCGCGACCUUGUCUUCGAGAUUCGGCAUGAAAUAA